AUGAAGCGUACCCCAAGUCCCCGGAGAGUGCAUGUGUCGUCAUCGAAUUUCCGACAGCUAGUCAGGCAUGCGGCCUGCAACGGUCCUCGCGACAAGUAUCCCGAGGUCCGCGUGCGCCUGCCGGACAGGUUGACGGACAAUCUGCGUACGUCUCAGAGGCCCAGAUUGGUUGUUGCAGUUGAGGAUUUGGUGCGAGGUGGGACAUGGCCAUGGUCGUGGCCGUACGCGGGUCAUCACAAGCAAGACGGUGCCGGUAGAUCAGUAGUAAGACUUGGAGGAUUUGGGCGGCUGGAUUCCACCGGCUUCAUCCUACAAGACGAAGUCGUGGCGGCUGAGACACUGCGUCACGAGCGCCUGGACCAGAGGAUGGAUGCACAGGGUGAAAAUACUGGACACAACUGUGGAGCGCUGCGUAAUUCUCACGAAACGUGGGCGCACAGACGACGUUCAAGCAGGGCCAAAGUGAACUGA